AUGAAGAACUUCCUCAGGAAGCUCCACAUCGGCGAGGGCUCGGGCGACGGAGCAUCAUCGCCUCCCCCUCCGCCCUCUCGCAAAGGCGGUACCGGUACCGGUGGCGGUGUUGGUGGGGUUCAUCAUCAUCAACCGCACCACGAUCAAAGGCAACAGACCUCGGCGGUAUCCAGUUGGCUCGACUCGGUGCCUACGAGGCCUCCGCCGCCGAUUCCUGUCGAAGCAGAGGUGCCGACGUCGUCGUCCUCGGCGUCGUCGGUCGGGGUUGGGGCAGAGGAUAGGAAAGCGAGGCAGUCCGGGGCAGUCGAGAGGCGGCGAUCGCAGCAGGAGGAGAGGGAGCGGAGGCGGUCGCAAGAGGAAGAGACGUUGAGGGAGCUGAGGCGGUCGCGGGAGGAGGAGAUGAAACGGGAGCGGAGGCGGUCUCAGCAAGAGGACGAGGUGGAGGAGAGGGUGAUAAGAGAGUCGUCGGAAGCGGAGGAGAGGAAGCGGGAGAGGGAGAAGGAGGAAGACGACCUGGAGGCGUACCAGAUUCAGCUGGUGCUGGAGAUUAGCGCGCGGGACAAUCCGGAGGAGAUGGAGAUUGAGGUCGCCAAGCAGCUCAGUCUGGGCUUCUGCCCUCCACAGAGAUCCCCUUCGGAGGUCCUCGCGGUCCGAUACUGGAAUUUUAAUGCCCUUGGCUAUGAUGACAAAAUAUCGGAUGGGUUUUAUGAUCUGUUUUAUGUUGGAAAUGGGCCGGCAUCAGUUACUAUGCCCUCUUUUGCUGAGCUACGAGCUCAGCCAUUUUCACAUAAAGUUGACUGGGAAGCUGUGUUGGUCCACAGAGGUGAAGAUCCUGAGCUCAUGAAACUUCAACAGGAGGCCUUAAUGAUGAAUCUUGAACUUCAAUCGAGAACUUCAGAAUCUGUGGGCAAUGCUUUGGUUAAGAGACUUGCAAAUCUAGUUGCUAGACACAUGGGUGGAGUGUUUGAUCCUGAGAGCAUGUCAGUGAAAUACCAGAAUAUGCUUAGCUACUUAAGAAAUGGUAUUGGAAGUGUAAUUGUGCCACUUGGCCAGCUAAAAAUUGGUCUAGCUCGUCAUCGUGCACUGCUGUUUAAGGUUUUGGCUGAUGGCCUUGAUGUACCUUGCCGUCUGCUGAAAGGAAAGCAAUACACUGGAUCAGAUGAUGGAGCUUUGAACAUUGUGAAAUUUAAAGACGGAAGGGAGUUUAUUGUUGAUCUUGUGGCUGAUCCCGGUACACUUAUUCCGUCAGAUGUUACUGUUUUAUCCACAGAAUUAGACAGAAAUUUCGUCUCUGAUAAUCAUCACUUUGGCCAAGAUGAUACUACCAAUCUGUUGGGAUCUUCUCUUAGUGGUGUAUCGAGCUCAGCGUACGGUUCUUUUGAGUAUGAGUUACUUGACCGAAGAUCCACUUCAACCAAUGUUGGUCCUGAUACUGAUGGAUCUACAACUAAUCGGACAAGCAAUCAACAAAAUGUGUUAUCAAAUUCAUUCGAGAAACUAUCAGUUAGCACAUUCACAAGUGAAAAUAGGCCUGUCAGUAAUGAAUCUACAAAUACAGACUACAUUAUUGUUGGAAAAAACAAAGAAAAAUAUACUGCGGCCAUUGAUUCUUCGUCAACUUCACCCUGUACGCCAGAUAUGGGGAGCACUCCAGCUGUCCGGAGAAUGAAAGUGAAGGACAUUUCAGAGUACAUGAUUAAUGCUGCCAAGGAAAAUCCACAAUUAGUUCAGAAAAUCCAUGAGGUUUUACUUGAAAAUGGUGUAAUGGCACCACCUGACUUAUUUUCAGAAGAUUCAAUGGAAGAGCCAAAGGACCUCAUCGUGUAUGACACCACCCUGUUUCAAAGCAAGGAUGAAAUGAAAAGGAGGAUGAACGAGCUUGGGUCAAGGGAAUACACAGAUCGUGGUCAUGGUCCAUUGUUGCCUCAUCAUCCUGGACAUGAACUCCAACCAAAAGUUGCUCCUCACCGAGCACCUCUGGAGUCACUUAAGCCUGUCGAGGGCUUGGGCAUUUACCACCCCCAUGAUAUCAGAGAUAUUGCAUCUCCGUUUGUUUCUCAGUACGAACCUUCUGCACCUCCUCAGGAAGCUCCAUCCCAACUUACAAAGCAAUUGCCUGUCACAGCUGCUGCUGGUGCAACUGCUGCAGUGGUGGCAUCCUCUAUGGUUGCUGCUGCCACUAAAUCUAACAAUGACGUAAACUUUGAUGUGCCUGUUGCUGCUGCAGCCACUGUCACUGCAGCCACAGUUGUUGCGACAACUGCUGCUGUUAGCAAGCAAUAUGAGCACCCGGAGCCUGGUAAUCAGCUGCUUAGCUUACCAAGUACCUCUCAAGGAAAUGAAUCAGUUGAGAAAGCUGGAGAUGACCUUUGGGACAAACACCACCUUGAAACUGAUCAUGGCCAAGAUAAUUCUCUGGACCAAGAAGUUCCUCAGGAAGCUGAACGAACCUCUGAUAAAUCAAAUAAAUCAAGUGGGACAGAGAGUGCAAAAUCUGAUCUUUUGGAAGAUGUUGCAGAGUUUGAGAUCCAGUGGGAAGAAAUUACUAUUGGUGAACGGAUUGGCCUUGGAUCGUUUGGAGAAGUUUAUAGAGGAGAAUGGCAUGGAACAGAAGUUGCAGUCAAGAAGUUUUUGCAACAGGAUAUUUCGAGUGAUGCUCUGGAAGAGUUUAGAACUGAGGUGCGAAUAAUGAAGAGGUUGCGCCAUCCUAAUGUUGUUCUCUUCAUGGGUGCCAUCACUCGUGUGCCUAAUCUUUCUAUUGUCACUGAAUUUCUUCCAAGAGGCAGUUUGUUCCGUUUGAUUCACCGACCCAACAACCAGUUAGAUGAAAGGAAGCGCUUAAGAAUGGCACUUGAUGUGGCUCGCGGUAUGAAUUAUCUGCAUAAUUGUUCACCAGUUAUAGUCCAUAGAGAUCUGAAAUCCCCGAAUCUACUGGUGGACAAGAACUGGGUUGUGAAGGUUUGCGAUUUUGGUUUGUCAAGAAUGAAGAACAAUACCUUCCUGUCAUCAAGAUCAACAGCUGGAACAGCGGAGUGGAUGGCACCAGAAGUACUUCGUAAUGAACCAUCGGACGAAAAAUGCGAUGUUUUUAGCUACGGAGUCAUAUUAUGGGAACUUUGUACACUACUACAGCCUUGGGAAGGAAUGAAUGCCAUGCAAGUGGUCGGUGCAGUUGGAUUUCAGAAUCGUUGCCUUGACAUCCCAGAUAACAUCGAUCCUGCUAUAGCAGAGAUAAUAGUGCAAUGCUGGCAUACGGACCCAAAGUUGCGGCCAUCAUUUGCAGAUAUCAUGGCUAAACUAAAACCACUGUUGAAGAACUUGGCCAGCAAUCUAGCCCCGAAGACACAGAGUACAACAAACAGAUGA